AGAAUGAAUGGGCUGCUGUCAGUGCUUGUGGACUAUAUAACGACUAUAUAACGGGGCUGUGGGGUUGUCUUUGUUUAUUUAUUUUGUUUGUUUGCUAGUUGGAGAUGAUGUCAUUGAUUGUCACCUUUAACUUUUUAACGUUAAACAUGAAACCUGCAGGGGGAGAGCACGGGCCGUCUCCCUGACGACAGGACGCUAACAGUAACACAAACUCAGUAACAGUGCUGUCGGCAGCUACUAUGGCAGAGCGAGAGACAAAAACGGUUUUUAUUAACAACGUGGACUCAUAUGCAUCCAGAUGCAUCGCUAAGCUCCUGUAUGAAAGUGUGCCUGUUGAUGCAAAUUCUGAUGUGGAGACCGAGGUGGUGUCAAACCACAGGAAGACCUUCCAGGUGGUGGGAACAAUUUCAAAUCUAUCUGACGAGGACAGGCCUUAUGUGGUAGAGCAGUAUUAUCACCUGGACAGAGGUGAGCUUCUUUCCAAACUGAUGGGCUGUGAUGUUGUUAUCUACAAUGUUACCCAGCAUGCUGAUCAGGUGGAAGAAGCUCUCUGGGCUGUAUCAGCUCUCCACAAUGAAAUAGAGCAGUUUUCUGGACCAAAGGUGUUCAUCCUCAUCUCCACGGUCAUGACCUGGGCCUGCAGCAAGCCAGUCGAUCCUGAUGAUCCGGAGGUUCCUUUCAUUGAUGUGAUUUUCUGGAGCAGACGUGCACAUCCCAACUUCAAACUGCACAUUGACUUGGAGAGGAGUGUAGUUAAAAUGGGCAAAACUAAAAGACAGCUCUUCUCCACAUACGUGGUGGCAUCGGGACUUCAGUAUGGGAUGGGAGAACAGGUCUUCCACUUCUUUUUCAAGAAAUCAUGGCUCGGAGAGGAUGAAAUUCCUGUCUUUGGAGAUGGCAAGAACAUCGUUCCCACGAUUCACGUCCAUGACUUAGCAAGUGUGGUUUACAACGUGAUUGAACAUCAACCCAGCCCAUAUUAUUUACUAGCAGUGGACAAUUCUGAGAAUACCAUGGAAGAAAUUGUGAAGAAAAUCGCCUCUGUACUUGGACCAGGAAAGAUCCAGAAAAAGCCAUCUGAGGAUGCAUUCCUGACCAAGGACUUCAGUGUAAUGGAAAUUGAUUCUAUACUAGUAAACCUUCGCAUGGAGGCUGUUUAUAUCAAGAAACUUUUCUCUUUCAACUGGUUGUGCCAGUUUGGUCUGGUGGAAAAUAUAGAGCUGGUGGUGGAGGAGUUCCGGCAGACCCGGGGACUGCUGCCCAUUCGUCUGUGUGUACUGGGUCCUCCUGCAGUAGGGAAAAGCACAGUAUCCAAAAAGAUAUGUGAAUAUUACCGACUCCAUCACAUCACAGUGAAAGGCACCAUCUCUGAGACCAUCACCCAACUGGAACAUGCUGUGAGGAAUCCUGAUCCAGAUGAAGAGAACUCCACAAGAGAGGCCCAGGCCCAGGACCAGCUUAGUGCAAUGAGGGAGAGUGUGGAACAGAACCGAGAUCUGGAUGAGGAGCUGCUGUUGAAAGUGAUGAAGGACAAACUGAUGACUAACCCGUGCAAAAACCAGGGUUAUGUUUUGGAGGACUUUCCCCAGACAUAUGCACAAGCUAAAGAGCUCUUCAGUGCUAAAGAAGAUGAUGCAACAUCCUGGAAAAAUUCUUUGAGCAUGAUUAUGCCAGAGUUUGUGUUGUGUUUGGAUGCGUCAGAGGCCUUCCUGGUGGAUCGAGUGCUCAACUUAUCCGAGAGACUUGUACAGCAACACAACUAUGAGCCAGAUAACUUCUUGAGGCGGUUGGCCAGUUACAAAGAUAAACAGACGGCGGAUGAAACCGUCAUCAACUACUUUUAUGAGCUUGACAUCAUCCCUCUGCACUUUGAGAUCACCAGCAAUGAUGAAGUCAACUGCUUGCCUCUGAUGCAGAAGGUCUUUGACACGGUGGGCCAGCCCAGAAACUACGGUCCCAGCAGCGAGGAGGUGAUGAAGGAAGAGAGGAGGAAGGCUGAUGAAAGGCUGAGGAGAGAGGCCCAGCACAGAGCUGAGGAGGAGCGGGUAGAGGCUGAAGAGGCCAGAGACAGGGCUGCACAUUGGGAUGAGUGGACUAAGAAAUUAGAGGAGGUGAGGCAGCAGGAGGAGGAGGAGCUGGAGGCCCAGUCAGGCCCUAUGAGGAACUACCUGAUGGAACACAUUAUACCCACACUGAGCCAGGGUCUGAUUGAAUGCUGCAGAGCUCAACCACAGGACCCUGUGGACUUCCUGGCGGAGCACUUACUGAAGAACAGCCCCUUUUGAUUGUAGUUGAUUAUUUCUUGUGGACACACAGACAUCCACAAAAAUAAAAAAGUCCCUUUUUUUUCUGUGCUGUUUGGGACACGAAGCCGAUUAUGAGCAGCUUUUCUGGAAGAGGAAAAUGUCCUUUGAGUCUUUGAGACUUGUCAGAGCGUUUCAGUCGUCUCACGCAAAGUGUCCCUCACUUCAUGCUGGGAGUUUGAUUAGGUCUGAUUUCUAAGUGGCCCAUUCUCCUGCCCCUGUUGCAUUCACACACUGCUUUGUUUGGGCUCUGAUGUGCUGGCCAUUACUUAAAAGCAACCCAAAAAGCAGAUGAAAGUGUG